GCUAUAAUUCCUUCAGUGACAGUUAUCACACUUACGUUUUAAUAACUCAGUUUUGUUUUUUACCCCCGAAAUAAACUACAGGAAAGAAAAAUGGAAAGCCAAAGAGUUCCAGGGCAAGCUCAGAUGAGGAGAGAUAACCCACCAUCUGACACCUACAGCCAAGGCCAGACAACAAACUUCCUUGAAGAGACUGGAAAGCAGGUGAAGAACAUGGGCCAAGGUGCGGCGGAAGUGGGCAAGGGGGCGGUUAACCUCGCCGCUAACAUCACUCAAGGGGCCGUAGAUGCUGUGAAAAACACAAUCGGAAUAAAUAACGAUAAUAAUUCUACAAUCACCACUAGUAAUCUACGUGGCGCCGGCGGCGGCAGUAGCACAGUCCCAAAUCUCAUGGAUACCGACGCUGAUGUGGCGGAAUUGAGUUAUCCAACCAACCACAACAACAAUUAAAAUGUAUUUUUCCUUGUUUCGUUUCGUGCAGUUGUUAUUUAUUAAUAGUUGAAAUAAUUUGUUGGAGAAUUGGUGAUCUAUCUUUUGGUUUUAUCUAUUCUUCUUUUGUAGAUUUUUGCCCAAAGUGGUUCAGUACCAUGUUUUGAUGUAUUUCUUUAAUGAAAUAAUGUCAAGUACUGUUUGUUAAGAUAUAUCAUUUUAAUGGAAAGAAC